AUGAGCAACAAAAGCCAUGUUAGAGUAUUACACAACAUACUUGUUCUUUCUGUAUCUAGUUUUGCUGAGGGACAUGCCUGUAUUACAUGCAAUAGUUUGGGGUUUCUUGUUCCUGUGUUUCACUCUCUUCCCUUUUGUCUCUGCACUCAGCAAUAUGCCUUUCUGGUCAUGGAGUAUGCGGGCGGAGGCAGCCUCAGCAACCUGCUGGGCAUCAAGCACCAUCUGAAAAAAAGACAUGUCAUCUUUUACUCUGCAGAACUAAUUUGUGGUGUUCAGUAUCUCCAUUCUCUAGGUAUCAUCCAUCGAGAUCUUAAGCCAGACAACAUCCUGCUUACCAGCGACGGACACAUGAAAAUCGCUGAUUUCGGCAUCGCAGCAGAAGGCGUUUUUGGCCACAAGACCAUCCGUGGGAAAACUGGAACAUGCUGGUACAUGGCCCCAGAGCUGCUAGGUAACAAGAAGUACAACGCAGCAGUAGACUGGUGGUCAUUAGGGAUAAUACUUAGUGAAAUAGCCACAGGAAGAUCCCCAUUUGAUGACCACUACCACCAACAGGAUGUGAGAAGUUCCAUCCUCACUGAGAAGCCGGUGUUUCCUGAGGGGAUGAGCACAACAUUGCAAGAUCUCCUGCAGAAGCUCCUGAAGAAAAGACCACACAAACGUCUUGGGAUGAAUGGAAAUAUAAGGGAACACCAACUCUAUAGGAAAAUUAAUUGGGAGGACGUGGAAAGGCAAAGGAUUUCACCACCAAUUAGAUUUGAAGCUGAUCACAAUGAAUUUACAAGUGCCGACCUACCAUUCUUGAAUGGCAACACCGCUUUGGAUUCAGAUGACUGCAUUCUUGAAUGCUUUACAUAUCUGAAUCCCAGCUGGCAGGAGUGAGCAAUUUUGUGCUGCUGCCAUUGACACCCUACGUCAACUUGUUUAGGUGGCCAUUCCUUUAACAUUUCUACCCGGUACCUGUAAGUCAUGCAUCAAAUGGACUAGCUGCUUAUAUAUCUGCCCAUGCCACCUUUUUUAUUGUCCAGCUGUCCAUCACAAAUCUAACACCACCUACUUAAACCUGCCUUUAGCACUACCUAGUCUCCCAAAUGAAUAUUGACAUCUGUUCCAACUGCCUGGGCCACUGUCAUCUGGCCCUUACUAACACCUAUUCCACUUGUGUCUACAAUCUCCUCCUACCUGUUCCAUCUAGCAAUAUCACUGCCUGUUUCAUCAGACUCUACCUACUCCCACUUGGCUCUACAAUCACUGGCCUUACCACCACAGAUAGCUCCACCUAAGUUUUUUAACAAAGUACUACUUUUGCUGUUGCAAUUUAAAAAUUUGUAAAUUUGUCCCUACUUCUGGCGAGGGGCCAUGUCCUUGGUAAGCUUACGGGAUCGGGGCAAUUUUAGGUGGUUUGCAUAAGAAUCCAUCUAAAUGGGGUGGAUCAGGUUCUUCACACUUUUUCCCCAAACCUAACUGCAUAUGGGGAGGUAGGGAAAGGGAGUCAAGUACCUAAAACGCUUCACACUUAUGCAAACCUUUAUCGUAAAAUUACCCCUUAUACCGUUGAGCACAGGGCAGGGAAUGGGUAGGCCAAGGACAUGGCCUCUCAAGUAGAAUUGGGUUUGAGACACCUUGUAAAAAGUUUUCAAAUAUUAUCACAAACAGUACAACUAUAAGUAAUCCAUUGUACAGGAAUCAAAAGGUCCUCAAGCAUUGGUUUAUUUAUAUUCAUAGAUUAAUAAUUGAUCAAAGUUCUUAGGUGCGGGUGGGUAGAUGCCGGGGCAAAUGGAGCAAGCAGAGAUGUGGCAAGUGGCAGGUAGCAGGCCAGAUGUUGAAAGCCACCAUAAUUAUUGUUAUUGUAUUCCUGUGCCACACCAUUUGUUGUGCUACCACCACCAAUUCAUCUGGCCAUACCACCUCCUGCUUUAUCUGGAACGGGGUCUGUUUUUACCUGAAUCAUACCACCCACUCCAUCAAUCCGCACUAACACCUGCUUUAGGUUCCUGCUUCAUGUGGGUGUAUUAACACUUGCUCUAUUGUGCCUUAGCACAAAUGCUGUUAAUAUUUACAACUACCCAUUUUUACAGCUCUACCAACAUCUAUUACAGCUGCUUUAACACUGGCUACCUAAUACUUUUGGCCAAACCAAUGCCUAUUUUAUCUCUGUAAACCACUGCCUUAGCCAUAGACAAUACAUCUAAACAGACACUGAAAUAACAUCUAUUAAACAGUGAAUAAGGAGAUCUGCCUCUUGGCUACAAAAUUUCACCAUACUACUGCCUGCUCCUUUAGACCAUACCAUGACAUGUUCCAACUAACAUGACCACUGCCUGCACGGCCUUACUAACACCUACAAUUCCCUCCUACCUGUUCCAUCUAGCAAUAUCACUGCCUGUUUCAUCAGACUUUAUUUGGUCCGUCUCUGCUAUCACUGGCCUUACCACCACCAAAAGUAUUUAUAAAAAAAAGUAGUUCAAUUAUGCCGAUAUUAAAAAAAUUUGCACAGUUGCCCCAACUGACCGGGGGACCAUGUCCUUGGUAAGCCUAAGGGAUCAGGGGCAAUUUUAAGUGGCUUGCAUAAGAAUUCUAAGACACCAUCUAAAUGGGGUGGAUCAAAUGCUUAACCCCCUUUACCCUAACCUGACACAUAUGGGGAGAUAGAGAGAGUGUCAAGGUCCCGAAUCUUAUACUUCAGAAACAGGGCAACAUCUAUGAAAGCCUUUAUUGUUAAAUUACCCCUUAUACCAUUGGGCAUAGGGUAGGGAAUGGGUGGGCCAAGGACAUGGCCACUCGAUCAGAUUUGGGUUUGUGAAACCAUGUGCAAAGCUUUAAAACCUUAGCAUAAGCUAUGCAAAUAUAAAUAAGCCACUGUCCAGGGAUUUAAAGCUCAAUAGAGGUUUACUUAUAUUUGCAGGUUAAAUACUGAUCAAAGUUCUAAAGUGCAGGUGGUGUUGGUGAGACAUAGCUGGCAGAAAUAUGGUCAGAUGGAGCAAGCAGGGAUAUGUCAGGUGGAAAGUAGCAGGACAGGUGUUUCAAACUAUUUAACUAAAAGUUAAAGCUAUACUAAAAGCUAAAGCUGGAAUUUUUAUGGCGAGCCAUUGCCACAGCAUAUGCUACCACCUUCACCUCGCCAGAACA